AUGGCGACAGCGACAAAGAAGAUCAAAGAGUCACUUGUUGGCACGAAUGAAGAGGCGCAAUUAUCACAAGAAGUCCGAGCCAACUUCAUGAAACAUGCUAAGCGAGAUGAAGAUGGAGAGCUCUAUAUGGACUCCGAAGAUUUCAUUAAUGCUAUUGCGCCUCCUGAAGAAGAUUACCACAAGAUUAAACGCGAACAAUAUUCUCUCCUCUUUCAUGUUGCAGAUCGACGAAGAACGGGAAAAGUCCGACUGUCCGACUGGGCUACAUUUGAACACUUGCUUGUCAAACCGGACGCGGAAUACGAGAUUGCCUUCCGGUUAUUCGAUGUUGACGGUACCGGCUCGAUCAACCAGGAGACGUUCCAAAAACUCUACAACCAGAACAAAGGCCAAGAUAGUAUCCCUUUUGAUUUCAACUCCGAAUGGGCAUCACUGUACAUUGGCGGUAAGAAGAAACGUCAUGACAUGACGUACCCGCAAUUUGCACAGAUGAUGCGAGGCCUUCAGGGCGAGAGGAUACGACAAGCUUUCCACCUGUUUGAUAAAGAUGGCGACGGAUACAUCGAACCAGAUGAUUUCCAGCGCAUCAUAUUAGAAACAGCUAGGCACAAGCUCUCCGACCACCUUCUUGAAAACCUACCAACCCUUUGCAACAUCUCUGCUGGCACCAAGAUCUCGUAUGCAAAUGUUAGAGCGUUCCAAAACAUCAUCCGGGAGAUGGACUUGGUCGAUCUCAUCAUUCGAAAUGCCACACUCAAAUCGGGCGAUGGCAAAAUUACGCGGACAGACUUCCUUAACGAAGCUGCUAGAGUUACGAGGUUCUCACUAUACACACCCAUGGAGGCCGACAUUCUCUUCCACUUCGCUGGUCUGGACAACCCUUCUGGGCGUCUGGGCAUCGAAGAUUUUGCCAAGGUGAUUGACGCUAGCUGGCAGACAAGUACGGGUGCGCUUGAUGAAGUUGCUGAGAAAGCGAUAUCGACGUCGAGGAUGCUCAUGCAUAAUCUUCUGGAGUCGGCACAUCACUUUGGACUUGGAUCAAUUGCUGGCGCUUUCGGUGCUUUCGUGGUAUACCCUAUCGAUCUGGUCAAGACUCGGAUGCAAAAUCAACGCACGAGUCGGGUUGGCGAGAAACUGUACAAUAACAGCAUUGACUGUGCGCGAAAAGUUAUUCGCAACGAGGGCUUUCGAGGCCUUUACUCGGGCGUCCUUCCACAAUUAGUUGGUGUUGCACCAGAAAAGGCUAUCAAACUUACCGUCAACGAUUUGGUGAGAAACCGCUUUAUGAACAAAGAGACGGGAGCUAUUUUGUAUCGAUACGAGCUGUUAGCAGGUGGUUCUGCUGGGGCAUGUCAAGUGGUCUUCACGAAUCCUCUCGAAAUCGUAAAGAUUCGUCUUCAAGUGCAGGGCGAACUUACCAAAAAGGCAGACGCUGCUGUUCCAAAGCGAAGCGCUCUUUGGAUUGUCAAGAAUCUGGGUCUAGUAGGCCUGUACAAGGGUGCAUCAGCUUGUCUGCUCCGCGACGUCCCGUUCUCGGCCAUCUAUUUCCCAGCGUAUGCACAUCUGAAGCGAGACGUGUUCGGCGAAAGUCCGCAAAAGAGACUCGGUGUCCUGCAGCUUCUGACGGCUGGUGCGAUUGCUGGUAUGCCAGCAGCUUAUCUCACAACACCCUGCGAUGUCAUCAAAACCCGCCUUCAGGUCGAAGCAAGAAAAGGCGAAGCGAUCUACAACGGGCUUGUCGACUGUGCGAAGAAGGUGUACAAAGAUGAAGGUUUUAAGGCGUUCUUCAAGGGUGGACCUGCACGUGUUCUUCGAUCCUCACCACAAUUCGGCUUUACACUUGCGGCUUAUGAAGUUCUUGGGAAGCUUCUACCUAUGCCUGGCAGCGGAGAGGCUGAAGAAAAGAAAAAGUUGACGGGCUGGCAGCCUGUCCUGCUUAUCCUUCCAGCAGUAAUACUUCUCCAUCUCUAUGUGGCUCCUUACACGAAAGUCGAGGAGUCUUUCAACAUUCAGGCGGCUCAUGACAUCUUGACUCAUGGCAUACCACGAUUCAACGUCUCGGAGGAGUUUAAGAGGCGGUAUGACCACAUGACCUUCCCGGGGGCUGUUCCCCGUACCUUCAUCGGCGCAUUAGUAUUGGCAGGCCUUUCUAAACCUGUCCUCUGGGUCAACGAGGCCUUCAAUAGACAGUUACUUGUCCGGGCAGUCUUGGGUGGCUUGAAUGCCGUCUCGUUGUUGCACUAUGCCCACAGUGCUCGAAAAGCUUUCGGCCGGAGUACAGCGGUGUGGUACAUUUUGUUUCAGGCGAGCCAGUUUCAUCUCAUUUACUAUGCAUCUCGACCGCUGCCAAACAUGUUUGCCUUGGGGCUGACCAGCUUAGCCCUUUCGCUGUUGCUUCCGGAGCCAAUGCCUGUGCAGGCAUCUUUGCAACGGAUUCGCCUCGCUAUCUUCCUCUUCACGGUAACAGCUAUCAUCUUCAGGUCUGAGAUAGCUCUUCUUCUCUUUUGCCAUGCUGCCUACAUGGUCAUAAAGCAAAUUGCUCGAUUUGGCCACCUUGCCCAUGCGAUUGGCCUACUGAGAAGCAGCGUGAUCCCUGGCGGCAUCGCUGGAACCUUGGUUGGUCUCUGCCUGACCGUACCUGUGGACACGUACUUCUGGCAAUCGCCCAACUACCUCUGGCCCGAGCUGUCUGCCUUUCUGUCCAACAUCUUUCCUCCAGAUGACAGUCUUGGUGCAUCAGCAUGGGGGACCCAAUCAUGGCAUUGGUACUUCACCAGCGCUCUUCCACGUCUCUUGAUAAGACCAUUCACAUAUUUCACACUCUGGCUCAUCGCAAUCUCCCGAAAGGCGACCUCAGAGUCAGCUCUAGAUCUGCUGCUUCCCAAUCUCGCAUACGUUGCCAUCUACAGUUUUCUCCCUCACAAAGAAACGCGCUUCAUCUUCCCUGUCAUCCCACCCUUGACUCUUGCCGCAGCUCUAUCUUCGUCGUACAUCUGGACUCGCAGACACCGGAUGCUGCUCUACUACUUAUUGAGUGUUUUCCUUGUCCUCUCGACGUGUCUCUCCGCUCUGAUCGCCCAUGCUAUCCUCUUGCCACUCUCGGCUCUGUCUUACCCAGGCGCCCAUGCGCUUAACGCACUGCAUCAGAACGCUGCCUCUAACAACAGCUUUGGAGCAACCGGGGACAAUACAAACAGCACCGUUCUCAUCCACCUGGACAACCUCUCUACCCAGACCGGAAUAACUCGUUUCCUGCAACAUGCUCCCUCGUUGACGCGUCAAGGUCCUCAAUGGUACUACGACAAAUCCGAUAACGCCACCGAUUUGUUGGAUCCAUUCUGGUGGACACAGUUUGACUACGCGAUCAUGGAAUCCCCCCAGUUGGCCAUUGGAAGUUGGGACGUUGUUACCACCACUCACGGUCUUGGGCCUAUCCGGAUUCUCCAGCGGGGCGAGAAACGAGAGCAAGAAGGGCUUGUGACUGGUUGGGAGAAGCUGGAUGUUUGGACUGAUGGGCUGGACAUGGUUGCGUUGAACAUGUUCGGCCCAGCUGGACUCCAGUUCAGUAUGACGGCGCGGCAGUUGCUCCGAGAGGGGUAUGGGACUCACUGGCUUCUGGGUAGGGAGUGGAGUUGGACGCGAGGCUGGUGGGUGGAUGUAGGAUGGGUGCCGAAGCUUUAUGUUCUGAAGCAGCGUGAAUCUCUCGCCAAAGAGGAAGUGGAGCAACUGUCAGCUUCUGACGCUGCGGUGUCUUGA